GCUGUUAAAUAAUCAGAGACGGUGUUUGUUUCCAUCGUCAAAGACUUAUGAAUCGUCCACCGCCACAAAACGGCCUUUUCCUCCGGCGAACGGCGAGUCUAAAGUGACCGUAUCGUCACCGUUUUUAGAUUAUUCACCGGAGGAGACAAUGGAAUCUUCCGUCGCUACGUUUCCUAACCGACGCAAGCAUCUGCCGAAUCGGACUUAUCGCUCUUUGAUUCAUCAUCUCUGCUCGAGUUUCGAUCGGGAGCCUCGAGUUUCUCUUGCCACACCGGCCGUUCUUCAGGAGCUGGUCUUAAGAACUGAUAUUUCUCAAGCGUCUCCUGGAGAAACUUGCAAACCGCCGGAGAAUUCACCAGUGGUGGAACCAAGAUCUAAUGGCGUGUCUGAUGAGUCAAGAGGUGAGAAGGUGGAAACAAUUUCACAGGAAAAAAUUUUGAUGCUUGGAGAUGUUUUCGAUGGAAUUGACUUACAAGAUGCAACUGUUAGUAGUAGACACAAAGAUUUUUUCGAUGACUUUGAGCUUAUGAUAAAUGGAAGCCAAGGCUUUGUUCCAGAAAGUUGUGUGAAUAUCUUUGAGGCAUUAGAUGUGAAUGACUAUAAUGGUGAUGGUAUAGUUGCGUCACUUGAUGAUAUCUCGAAACAACCACUUGAUAUUGUUGAAAAUGUGGUGGAGAAGCCUGAUAUUGCCACUGAAGUUCAAGUAGAACCAGUUGAAAGUGAUAAAAAGGCAGAGGAGGUUCCUAAACCAGCUGAAGUUAUAAGUUCUGGAGUUUUGGAAGCUUGUAAUGAAAUAGUUCAAAGAGAGAUGGAAUUGGAGAAACCUGUUGAUGACAGUACUCAGGUUUUGGUUGAUUCCGUGCCUGUGUUUGUUGAAGAUGAUGAUGUAGAAGAAGGAGAGAUAUCUGGGGAUGAGAAUGAUGAUAUGCUUGUAGGAGAUGAUGAACCAGUCGUAAGGCUUGAAGAGUCUCAUGUCUCAGAAGAAGUGAUUGGUAACAGCCAUCUCACAAGUUAUGAGAGUUUUGAAAAAAAGCUGGUUGUUGAGGUAUCGAAUGUAGAUAAUCGAGCCAAGAAGUGUGAUCAAAUUUUCAGUGAUGAAGCAAAGAACAAUCCUGGAACCUCCAUUAAAAAAAGGUCUGCGCCUUCUAAAGACGCAAAAGCUAGAAAGAGGGCAAAAGAUAGGAAGAAAAGAGCUCAAGAGCGUAUAGCCCUUGGCGUGAAAAAGCUGAAACUUAAACCAGUAGCUCCAAAACCCAAGCCUAUAAAAUAUUGUCGACACUAUAUCAAGGGACGGUGCCAUGAGGGAGAUAAAUGCAAAUUUUCACAUGAUAUAAUCCCGGAAACCAAAUCUUCGCCUUGCUGCUACUUUGCAACCCAGUCAUGCAUGAAAGGAGAUGAUUGUCCGUACGAUCAUGAUCUCUCCAAAUACCCAUGCAAUAAUUUUAUUACCAAAGGUUUCUGCCACAGGGGUGAUAGUUGUUUAUUUUCGCACAAGGGUACUCCACAAUCUGCUUCAGACACAUCGAAUGUCAAUGUAACAGCGUCAUCGAAUGUCAAUGUAACAGCGUCAUCAACUAACAUCGCUGCAGCGUCUUUCUCGCCUCAGAAAACAAAUAAACAAUCUGUAAGAGAAGCCAUAGCCAGAAUACCGGCGAUCCAAGCAAGAGUUUCAAGCUCUGUUGCGUUUUUGAAGCCUUUGGGUCAAUCUAACCAACGAAACUCAUCUGAUGCAUCAUCUUCUAAGAUCAACGAACAUGCAAAACCACCACAGGUUCCUCCUUUGAGAAAACCAUCCGUUGCUCCGAAGGGUAUGAGUUUUCUCUCUUCAGACAGUACGGUGAAACCAUCUCCUGCGUCCAAGCCAAACACAGACAACUCUGAUAAUCAGACAUUGAAGCAGUCACAACAGGGAAGCUUUCUUCCUGUGGUGCCUCCAAAAGGAAUCAGUUUUUUAUCUGUGAAUCGAGAGCCUCAAGAACCAGCAAGUAGUAGAAAUCUCAAGACAACGCCCAACUCACACAUUCAAAGUUCUCUACACUCAGCCAUGAAACUCGCUGCAGAAUUUGAAUCCGCCAAAGUUGAAAGACGCAGCAAUGAGCCUGUAGAAGCUAUAAAUAAGGGUGAUGGUAAAGUUAACACGUCUGUAACCAGAAACUCAGGGAACGUAUCCUCUCAGAUUCUUGAGUUCUUGUCGAGCUUCAGUCACGGCAAAAACUGAUCUUUUAUUUUGGUUUUUGAGAUAACAGAUAUACUUCAUGUAGAUGUGAAAUAGAGCAUCAAUAUAUAAAGCUUUGAUCUAACAAAUA